AUGGGAAACCAGCUCGGCUCCGUCCAGCCCGACUACAACAACCUCCCAGAGCUGCAGCAGCUCGCCUUUGUCGAGCGGCUCGGCGGCGGCCGCUUCCUAAAGACGCUCAAGUAUGCGAUGAGCGUUGGCGGGAGCGGCGCGCCGGCGCAGCUGCUCGCCGUCAAGGUGUACUUCAAGCGCACCCCGAAUGAGAAGCUGGCGCCGUACCUCGAGAUGCUCACCGAGGUGCGCGCGCGCCUCUCCGCCGAGGCGGCGCCCAACGUGAUGCCGUUCCGGUGGUUCCGCGAGACGACCCACGUCGCCUACCUGGCGCGCCAGUACCUGCACUCGACGCUGCUCGAGCGCGCGGCGACGCCUCCGUUCCUGAGCCACGACGAGAAGCUGUGGGUCGCCUUCCAGCUCCUCUCCGCCCUCUCGCAGUGCCACGCCGCCGGAGUCGUGCACGGAGACAUCAAGGGCGAGAAUGUGCUGCUCACCUCCGGCCACUGGGUGUUGCUCACCGACCUGGGCAACUUCAAGCCGGCGCUGCUGCCGGUCGACGACCCGGCGGACUUCUCCUUCUACUUUGACGGCGGAGGCACGCGCCGCUCGUGCUACCUGGCGCCGGAGCGCUUCGCCGAGGCACCGCUCGCGUCUCAUCCCGCGGCCCAGGCUGGCGUGCUCUGCAGCGGGCGGGCUGUGACUGAGUCGAUGACGAGCGAGGGCGCGGGCGAGCUGCGCGCGCUGCUGCAGCGCGUCUCUCCGCCGCCGCUCGCCGACACGCUCCUCCGGAUGGUUGCUCUCUCGCCGGAGGAGCGGCCGACGGCGGCAGAGUGCCUCUCGAGUCUGCGCGGCUGUGUGCUGCCAGAGGCGUUCUACUCGUUCGCGCACGGCUUCUUCGGCCAGCUCCGCUUGCUUGACCACGAGAGGCAGGCCGCCGAGGUCUGCGACCAGUACGCGUCCCUCAUCGCCCGCCUCGGGCCAAAGGGGACGCGGUGCGGAGAGGGCGAGGCCGGAGGAGACGACUCCGCCGAGCCGCCGCCCGCGCACGCGGACGGCGCUGCAGCCUACCUGCUUCGCCCGGUGCUUGCUGCGGCAUCGUCGCUGGUCAUCGCCAUCGCCCCCGCCACGGCUUGCGUGCGCAACGUGCGGUCGCCCUCGCUGCUGCUGCGGCUGCUGCGCACGCUGCUGCGGCUCGCCCUCUCGUGCGCCGACGCCGUGCGCACGCAGCGGGUGCUUCCCUACUUCGUCGUCUCCCUCUCGAACCCGCUGCCGUCUCCGAGCGACACGCGCCUCAUGCCCGACUAUGUGCUGCCCGCCGUCUCGCGCUGCGCCACCGACCCCGAGCCGCUCCGACAGCUGCUCUUCGACACGACGCAGCUCGCCCUCUUCCUGCGCCGCCAAAACACAAACGACAUGCUGCUGCCCCUCCUCAUCACCCUCCUCAACGACCGCGAGCCCUCCCUGCGAGCCGCCUUCUUCGAGAGCGUCGGCGGCGUCUGCGCCUUCGUCGGCCGCGCCUCCCUCCAGGCCUUCGUCCUGCCGUGCGCCCUCUCCGACGUCGACGAGAUGGUCGUCUGCGCCGCGCUCGACUCGCUCAGCCGGCUCGCCGAGCGACGUCGCCUGGCCGCGCCCCACGGCACCGUGUGCGAGAAGGUCGCCCCGCUGCUCUGCCACCCGAACGCGUGGGUCCGCCACGGCGCGCUCGGAUUCGUCUCGCGGCUCGAGCCGCACUUUUCGGCCGCAGAGGUGUACACCGCGGUCCGGCCGCUGCUGCGCCCUUUCCUCUCGCAGCCCCUCCUCUCGCUCUCCGCCCCGUCCCUCUCCGCCGCGCUGAGGGAGCCCGCCUCGCGACUCGGGUACGACCGCGCCCUCGCCAGCGCCGCCGAGGCCGCCGACCCGCCCGGCGGCGAGUCGCGCGAGCGGAGUGCGUCGUUCGGCGCGUACGCCGUCGGCGGCGCGAUCGAGCAGCUUCUGCGCGAGGAGACGGCGGGUGCCGAGCUGGGCAGCGACCGCGAGCUCGGCGUGAUUGCGGAGGCCCCGCCCGGCGACUCGACCGCCGACAGCCUCCUCGCAAAGGUGCGCAUGUGGGAGACGGCCAACUCGGCGAUGCUGCAGCUGGCCGGCGGAGGCGGGGGCGGGGAGCUGCGCGACUUCCGGAGCCUCUCGCGCCGCGCGCUGGAGCGAGAGCGGGACCACGCCGCCGCCGCGGCGAGCCACCCGCUGCCGCGGCAGGCCGAGGCGCGCGGCAUGGCGGUGUGCGCGGGCGGGCGCGACGUCGCGCUCGCCACGGCCGGCGCCGAGGGCGGCGGCGAGUCGAUUGCGGAUGGGAGCGUGCGCGCCGUCGACCCGCGCACGGGCGGCGAGGCGCACGAGCAGCGGCUCGGGCUGCUGCAGUCGUGGGUGGCGGGCGGCGGAGGCGCGUGGCUCGCCGCCGGCUCCUCGACCGGGCACGCCCGCGGUGCGGGGGCGCGUGCUGCGCGGCACGUUGCGCUGUGGGACGUGCGCUACUCGCUCCGCCUCUCGAGCUGGCGCGAGCCGGCGCGCGGUCGCAUCCUCUCCAUGGCGUACGCCUCGCAGCCCGCAGCACCCGCUGGCUCUGCCGCGGCGGGGCCGCUGCUCCUCCUAGGCGGCGCCUCUGGCGCACACGGCGGAGCGUCCACGCCAACCGACGGCUCGCGCGGCGUGCGCGCGCUUCUCUCGUCGUGCGACGGCUCCUCCAUGCUCACCGCUUCGACCGACAUGGCGGUCCGCUGCUGGAGGCCGCGGCUGCCGGCGGGCGGCCACAACUGCAUCACCCUCGGCGGCGGCGCGGACGGCGCGGCGCAGCCGUCCGCGUCCGCGCGCGUGUUGCCCUCGGGCGCGCUCGUGCUCGCGGAGGCGGCGUCGCCUGACGGCGCGGGAGGCGGCGGCGCGAGCGAGGCGGACGGCGGCGGAACGGCGACGCCGCUCCCCAGCUCGCACACCCCGGCGGGGGAGGCCGGCCCGCUCGGCGGUGGCAGCGGCGAGUGCCACGCGGCAAUCACCGCUCUGGUCUACUGCGCGACGCAGCAGCCCGGGCUGCUGAUUGCCGGAUCACUCGACGGGAUUGUGCACGUCUGGCGCUGA